CGUUCUCUUGUCAAAAUUGAAUUCGGAAAGCGUGAUAAUUCCUCGCUUGAUCCUGUAUUAAUUCAAGUAAAUCCAGUAAGCAAAAUGCCUAGUGAUUCCAAGAAAAAGGAGAUGCAGCGCAAAAAAGACGCUCGCAACAAGAAAAUUGCGACUGUCAAGAAGGAGGAAAAGCCCGAGCCAUCGACAAAUGGUGCCGCGGCAGCUGCCAAUGGCGUUGAAUUGACCGAGGAGGAAGAAUUGUGUGCCAAGUUGGAUUUGGAGGCGCGCAUUAAUGCCGAGGCACGGUCAUGCACUGGAACCUUUGCCCUUCAUCCGCGUUCCCGUGACAUUAAAAUUUCCAAUUUUUCAAUUACAUUCUUCGGAAGCGAGUUACUGCAAGAUACCAUGUUGGAGUUGAAUUGUGGGCGUCGUUAUGGUUUACUCGGAGCAAAUGGUUGUGGAAAAUCGUCGUUAUUAUCGGUGCUCGGUAACCGCGAGGUGCCUAUUCCCAGUCACAUUGACAUCUAUCAUUUGAACCGCGAAAUGCCUGCGAGCUCGAAAACUGCCCUGGAAUGCGUAAUGGAAGUCGACGAGGAACGUAUCAAGUUGGAGAAGAUGGCGGAAGAAUUGGUGGCAAACGAAGACGACGAAUCACAGGAUCAGUUGAUGGAUAUUUACGAGCGGCUCGACGAAAUGAGUGCGGAUCAGGCGGAAGCGAAGGCAGCCCGUUUACUGUUCGGUCUCGGCUUCGACAAACACAUGCAACAGAAAAAGGCGAAAGAUUUCUCCGGAGGUUGGCGAAUGCGUAUCGCACUGGCACGCGCUCUUUUCGUGAAGCCUCAUUUGUUGUUGUUGGACGAACCGACAAAUCACUUGGAUUUGGAGGCAUGUGUCUGGUUGGAAGAGGAACUUAAGGAGUACAAACGGAUUCUCGUGAUUAUCUCACAUUCGCAGGAUUUCUUGAACGGCGUUUGCUCGAACAUCAUUCACAUGACGAAAAAACGCUUGAAAUGCUACACCGGUAACUACGACAUGUUCGUGAAGACGCGCAUGGAGUUGCUCGAGAACCAGAUGAAGCAGUACAACUGGGAACAGGACCAAAUUGCACACAUGAAAAAUUACAUCGCUCGUUUCGGUCACGGAUCCGCGAAAUUGGCGCGUCAAGCGCAGUCCAAGGAAAAAACGCUCGCCAAAAUGGUCGCCGGUGGUUUAACCGAAAAAGCUACCGACGAAAAAACGAUCAAUUUUUGCUUUCCGUCAUGCGGAAAAAUCCCGCCGCCCGUCAUCAUGGUGCAAAAUGUGAGUUUCCGGUAUAGCGACACGACACCCUACAUCUACAAGAACCUCGAAUUCGGCAUUGACCUCGAUACGAGACUUGCGUUGGUAGGACCGAAUGGCGCCGGCAAAUCUACAUUGUUGAAACUCUUGGCAUCCGAGCUGCAUCCGACUUCUGGCAUGAUUCGUACUAAUUCGCACUUGCGCAUCGCCCGGUAUCAUCAGCAUUUGCACGAGUUGCUCGACAUGGAUCUGAGUCCGUUGGAUUACAUGUUGAAGUCGUUCCCCGAAGUGAAGGAACGUGACGAGAUGCGGAAAAUUAUCGGCAGAUAUGGAUUGUCGGGACGUCAACAGGUUUGCCCGAUUCGUCAGUUGUCAGAUGGGCAACGUUGUCGAGUUGUGUUUGCGUAUCUCGCGUGGCAGGUGCCGCAUAUGCUCUUCUUGGAUGAACCUACUAACCAUUUAGACAUGGAAACAAUUGACGCGCUGGCAGACGCAAUUCUGAACUUUGAAGGUGGCCUUGUUCUCGUUAGUCACGACUUUAGACUCAUCAAUCAGGUGGCUGAAGAAAUCUGGAUUUGUGAACAUGGAACCAUUACUAAAUGGGAAGGUGAUAUCAUAAAAUACAAAGAACAUUUAAAGAAAAAAUUAGACAAAGCAAUUAAACAGGAAGAAGCUUCUCGCAAAAAAUAAUCAGUACGCAACAUUUUAAGAAAAUUUCUUUUUUUUUAUUUUUUUGUUAAAUUAUUUAGCUCAAAUUAUACCACUAAAAAAAUUACCAUAAUCUAUAUUAUUAAAACAAUAGCAAAAAAAAAUAUUCCUCCAACAAAAUCUCUAAUGAACUAAAAAAAUAAACAAAGCCACUUUUGGUCCGAAGAAGUGCACGUCAAGUAUUGAAGCGAAUUGUAAUUUAAUUGUAAGAACUCUAAAUUUGAAUAAAAAAAAAUUAUUAAGAAGAAACGGAAAUAAAACAUAAAUUAUUUGGAAGAUCAAAAAGUUUUUUUGAUUUUUCCUUCAAACAA